AUGAGUGACCCUACUUCUGGUUCAGGGUCACAGGUAGGCCUACCCUCACAACAACUAAAUGUAGCAACAAGUUCUGCUGUUCAUUUUCAGCAUGUCUUGUCCACUGGAAAUCAAAAUUUAAAUUUAUUAUCGACAAACGGUCAACAGUUUGUUAUUACUUCUCCAGUGAAUGUAAUACCGACUACUACAAGUUCAUCAAAUGUUCAACAAUCUGGUGUUGCGCGGAUUGUUAACAUUACACCAACCCAAAGGGUUGUUAGUAGGUCUUUACAAAUCUCCAACUCCAAUAAUGAUGGGAGAGUUUCAAUUGUUGCUAUCAGUCCUACUUCUGCAGGCAGUCAGGUUAGGGCGGCCGCGCAUCCCACACUGGUCACAUCCUUGGCUUCACCUAUUAAGCAGUCUCAACGAGUCAACAGCACUGCUGGUUCUCCUUCAUUAAAUUUAAUGCCGUCUAAUCAAGCAAACCAUUUAGCUCAGAACGUAAAAAGUCGUAAAAGACCGAAAUUAUACGAGAAUUUAGAUAAUAAUUUUUUUAAUGAUGGAAACGGAGGUGCAAAAAGACGAAUAUUAGAAUAUAAUUCAGUGAAAUUAAAUCAGUGUUUGACUAAAUAUGCUGAGUGUGUGGCAGAGUUAUUUUUUCUUGAAGCUGAUGGAAACAUUAUUGACUUUCCUACGUGGAAAAGCAAGAGGCAGAGUACUCAACAGUUUCAAAAUUUUUUGCAGUCUAAUAAAUUGGAUUUAGAUGAUGAAGAAGAAGAUUUAUCAGCAGCCUUAUCUCUUCCUGAGUACGAGAGUGAAGUUAAACAAACUUCAUCUGCUGUGGCACCGUCACAAACAUCUACCUCUUCUCAUAUACAGGUGCUACAACAGCAACCUCAGGGCGGAAGUGACAAUUCUGCUUCUAAUCGUAUUUCAAGUAAUGAAAAGCGAUCGCCCACAAAGCAGUUAAAUAAGUUAAUAGUUAAUCCUUUGGCUCGUCAGCACACUCGACAACAUUCCAUUUCUGCUGUGUAUGAAACUUCAUUAGGAAGUCAAGAACAAAUAGUUGAAAAAGCCAAACAGGAGGCGUAUGUUGUUCAAAGAGUGUCAGAAUUACAGAAAGAAGGUCUUUGGUCAGAAAAGAGACUUCCAAAAGUACAAGAACCUCCUAGAAAUAAAGCUCAUUGGGAUUAUUUAUUAGAAGAAAUGGUAUGGCUUGCCGCAGAUUUUGCUCAAGAAAGAAAAUGGAAGAAGGCAAAUGCAAAAAAGUGCGCCAAAAUGGUUCAAAAAUAUUUUCAAGACAAAGCCAUAAUGCAAAAAAAAGAAGAAAAAUCUCAAGAAUUAAAACUACGAAAAUUGGCUAAUUUUAUGGCAAAAGAAGUAAAAAAUUUUUGGGCCAAUGUAAAUAAAUUGGUAGAAUAUAAACAAACCACAAGAUUAGAAGAAAAGAGAAAAAAAGCUUUAGAUCAGCACCUGAGUUUUAUUGUUGACCAAACCGAAAAAUAUUCUUCGUGGUUGGCAGAAAGUAUGAACAAAGGAGGUGUAGAUACAAGUAAUAAAACCUCGACAAACUGUUCUAGAGUUACAUCACCAAUUCACAAAUCGUCAGGAUCUGAUGAUGAUUUUGAGCCAAAUACUUGUUCCGAAGAUGAUGAGGAAACAAUAGACAAAGAAGAAGGAGAGGCUAGUCAGCCUAAUAACGCAGACGAAAUUGAAAGACUGAAACAAGAAUCAGAGCUUCCUUUGGAAGACCUAUUAAAAGAUCUUCCUGAAGAUUAUUGGAAUAAUCGCGACAGUAUUGAUCCUGGAGGGACGAGUAACAAUGAGGAAACUCAAUCAAAUAAAAGCGAGGAUUUUAUUAUGGAUACCGAUAAAGAAACUACCGACGAUGAAGAAACAUUGGAAGAACAAGAAAGAGUUGAAGGGAAAUUGGAUCAUUCGCAAGAGUUGGCAGAGUUGGAGGCAGAUAAUAAUAUGGAUUUAGAAGAACUUCUUGCAAAGUACAGUGGCUCUGCGGCUCCUUCGUCUACAGAUCAAUCUUUAGUUGAACAGGACCCAGAUUCCAGCUCCGAAAGUUGUAGUAAUGAAAGCAGUCAAGAGGAUGAAAAUGAGGAAGAUGACGUUGGUUUAAAAUCCCUGAUUGAUGACGAAUCUGAAAAAAAAGAAUCCGAGGGAAGCAAUGAAAAGGCAAAUAAAGAAAUAAAUGACGUGGCAGCCAUAGCUGAAAGUUUACAACCUACCGGUAAUACAUUACUAACAACUAGCGUUGUAACUCCGAUCCCAUUUCUUUUGAAGCACGUACUUCGAGAAUAUCAACAUAUAGGGUUGGAUUGGUUGGUUACAAUGUUUGAAAGAAAAUUAAAUGGAAUUCUGGCAGACGAAAUGGGUCUUGGAAAAACCAUUCAGACAAUUGCUCUCUUAGCUCAUUUGGCAUGCGAAAAAGGAAAUUGGGGACCUCAUUUAAUUAUAGUUCCUACUUCAGUUAUGUUAAAUUGGGAAAUGGAACUUAAAAAAUGGUGUCCUGCUUUUAAAAUAUUGACCUAUUACGGAUCGCAGAAAGAAAGGAAACAUAAAAGAGCAGGUUGGACAAAACCGAAUGCUUUUCACGUGUGCAUCACUUCAUACAAGUUAGUUAUUCAGGAUCACCAAAGUUUUCGGCGAAAAAAAUGGAAGUAUUUGAUAUUGGAUGAAGCUCAAAAUAUAAAAAAUUUCAAAUCACAAAGGUGGCAAUUACUUUUGAAUUUUCAAACCCAAAGAAGGCUUUUGUUGACGGGUACACCUCUUCAAAAUAAUUUAAUGGAAUUAUGGUCUUUAAUGCAUUUUUUAAUGCCCAAUAUGUUUCAAUCUCAUCGAGAAUUUAAAGAAUGGUUUUCAAAUCCCGUUACGGGAAUGAUUGAAGGCAAUUCGGAGUAUAAUGAAAACAUAAUAAAAAGGCUGCAUAAAGUUUUAAGACCUUUUUUAUUGCGAAGGUUAAAAACCGAAGUAGAGAAACAAUUACCAAAGAAAUAUGAACAUGUUGUAAUGUGUAGACUUUCAAAACGUCAAAGAUAUUUAUACGAUGAUUUUAUGUCUAGAGCUAAAACAAAAGAAACGUUGGCUUCUGGAAAUUUACUAAGCGUUAUAAAUGUUUUGAUGCAAUUAAGAAAAGUGUGUAAUCAUCCAAAUCUUUUCGAAGUGAGACCCAUCAUUUCACCAUUUCAAAUGGAUAAAAUCGUAUUCCACACGGCUUCUCUAGUUUUAAAAGCUUUAGAAUACGAUACUUUUAAGCACGUUGAUCUCAGUUUUUUAAAUUUAUUAUUUGUUAAUUUGGAAAAAACGACAGCGUAUGUAUCAUAUAGGAUAAAAAAAAUUAAAACUACAAGGAAAUUAAUCGAGGAAAUCGAUACCGCACCCGAUGAUCCACCGAGGUGUCCGCCGGCAAAAAUCAAAAUAACAGUGCGAAACAUUGAAAAAAAAGUUUACGUUAAUCCCGUUUCGUCGGAAAACAAAAAUCUUGGUUUAUCUACUCUACCAACGGCUCGAGUUGGUACUUCACCCAUCAUUAAAUCAUUGCCAGUUUCUUCUGCUAAUUCUCAAGGUUUAUCAUUGAGAUUGAGUGGAUCUCACCUUCAGCUCGUAGGAAAAGGUAACGAAGGGAAAACCAUCACAAAUCAAAAUGAUUCAGGACAGAGAGGAGGACUUCCUGUUCAAUUAGUUCAGACGUCUACAGGGCGCCAAAUUUAUUUUCCCCUGCAAUCGCAAGCAGGGAGCAAUACUGUGAUAGCCGGAAACGGUCAGAGGUUGACAUUGACAAAAACCAGUACGGCUGAUGUCAAACUCGUCAAUAGUAAUUUAAAUAGUAGUAAUAGUAAUAACUGUAGCGUUUCAAAACCGGUGAACUGGACCCCUACAGUAAAUCAGGCCACUCAAGGAAAUGCUGUGAAUGGCACUACAACGGUAACGACUACAACAGUGGUUACAACUACGAAGACCAGUUCAGCUAUUUCAAAGCCUUUAUCAUCACCCAUCGUACAAUCCUUUUCACAUAUCUCUUCGGAUUAUUUAUCUACUAGUCAACCUGAAGUAGUAAUUAAAGGAAACGAAGUUGUUGAAGAGAGAAAUAAAUUCGAUUGCGAAGAAGAAGAAGAAGACAUGAGUAUAUUUCAUUUGCCACAUAUCGAAGAAAAAUUAAAGACGAGAAGAAGAGAAAAACUUGAAUUAAUUGGGCAAAUAAACGAUUAUCGUUGCGAGGCUUAUCCAUUGUACGGAUCCGAUUUGAUAACGUCCGUGAGGAUAAUGGAUUUUUCAAAGGCGGCGACCGAUAAUUGGCUUUGUUCUGGUUUUAUGCACUGCUUUAACGUUCACAAAACUCAUAAUUGUUAUUGGAAUCAAACGCAGUAUUUAAAAGCUGCCGUCAAGUCUCCAGAAGACUUGAUGGUCGAUUUAAAAGAUGUAUUAAAUAGGUUUGUUUUUUACGUUCCAUCGGUUGCAGCUCCCCAAAUUCAGUUGCACGUAUCGCAUCCUUCACCUGGUGUACACUGGCGAAGAAAAAGGGACGAAUUAACUUUGAGAUCGGAAUUAUCUUCGCGCUGUGAUUUACUUCAUCCGAUCGCUAGUUCAAUGUGUACACAAUUUCCUGAUCCAAGACUGAUACAAUAUGACUGUGGUAAAUUGCAAGUAUUAGAUAAACUACUUAGAAAAUUAAAAAUGAAUCAUCAUAAAGUUUUAUUGUUCACUCAAAUGACACGGAUGCUGGACAUCCUUGAAGCUUUCCUUAAUUAUCAUGGCCAUAUUUAUCUUAGAUUAGAUGGAACAACUAAAGUCGAUCAGAGGCAGGUUCUCAUGGAAAGAUUUAAUGGUGAUAAACGGAUAUUUUGUUUCAUUCUUUCGACACGUUCCGGUGGCAUAGGUGUUAAUUUGACUGGUGCCGAUACUGUUAUAUUUUACGACAGCGACUGGAAUCCCACAAUGGAUGCACAAGCCCAAGACAGAUGUCACAGAAUCGGUCAAACUCGAGACGUCCAUAUUUAUCGGUUAAUCAGUGAGAUGACAGUCGAAGAAAAUAUAUUGAAAAAAGCCAAUCAGAAAAGAUUGCUUGGAGAUUUGGCCAUAGAGGGUGGAAAUUUCACAACGGCCUACUUUAAAAGCUCGACAAUACAAGAUUUGUUUAAUGUAGACGUUAGUGAAACGGAUGCCAAGAGGCGAAUGGCCGAUGUUUUUGCAGCAGAUAAAGAAAAGAAAAGCACCGAAGAUAAUGAAACUCCUGAUCAAUCAACGCCCCCUGAAGAAAAAGCCAUACUGGGCGUGUUGGAAUCGGCACUCGCUGCAGCAGAAGACGAAAGUGACGUGCAAGCAGCGCGUACGGCAAAAGCUGAAGCUGCUGCAGAAUUGGCAGAAUUCGAUGAAAAUAUUCCCAUCGAUGAUGAUGCGGUUCAUGUUGAAACGGAAAUAAGCAAAGCGGAAAUGGAAGUUAAUCUUUUGGUAGAACAACUUACUCCGAUCGAAAGGUAUGCCAUGAGAUUCGUGGAAGAAAAUGAAGCCGCUUGGUCAGCGGAACAAUUGGCAGCUGCAGAAGCUCAAAUAGAACAACAGAAGCGAGAGUGGGAAUUGGGAAGAUUGCAAGCAUUAAAAGCAGAAGAAGAGAGGAGGUUGCAGGAAGAAGAGCUCGAUGAGGACUUGUUGACUUAUUCGAGAGAGGAUUCAACAAAUCAGGUUUGGUUGGAUCAGAGAACAAUGGAACUAAUGCCGAUGUGGUGUCCUCCGACUCCUCCUCAAGAAGAAAAUGACGUUUACUUAGAUCAAACCAUGUGCUUCUUGUACGAAUCGCAAACAAUGUCGGACACUCAACUGCCUCCGGUUUAUGUGAAAAAGGAAUUGAAAAGAGUACGAUCUACGGAUGCUUCGCCCGGUAUCGAAGGGAAACGUGCUAUUAAAAUGCAUCGAAAGGACGAUUCUCCCGGAUCCGCUCCACGUUCUCUCUUCGAUCAUCCUAGUUCGGCUUUGCAGAAAAUGCGAAGAGACAUGAAAAUGCAAAAAUACCGUAAUUUGGUUCGUCCUCCCGUUCAAAUUCACGGUCAAAAACCAUCAUUGAAUAGUAAACCGCUGGUUGAAAAUGAUAACUUGCCUGAAUGGACUGUUCACGAGGAUUGGGCUCUAUUACAGUCCAUUGAAAAACUCCAGGAAUUGCCAUUAAAUCUUGUAAUUCUUAAACCUGGUCACAUUCCAAAUUGGGAUAUGGUGGCCGAUAUGGUGAACAUGAUAUCGAGCAUAUAUAGAUCUCCUGCACAUUGUAGAAACAGGUAUGAAACUGUAAUCGUACCAAGGGAAGAAGGGAAAUUGCAAGAUUCUAAAAAACAAAAGAAAACUAAAAGCAUAUAUAAAAUGCCAGUCACCAAAUCAAACAGGCCCGUUAGAACUUGUCAGUUGUACAUGCAGGACAACAAUGCGAGUUUUACCGAAGUUUAUCAUCAGAGAUUUAACAAUAUUAGAGUUUUGUCAUACAAACGCAGUCCCACGUUGAAACAAGUUUUGGUUAAUCCCACGAUGAAAAAUCCUAAGCAUACGGACGUUUUAACAGAUUCUGGAAUAACUUACGAAGCUCCCGUUAAUCCAAUCGAAAUUGCUACCAGGAGAGCCGAGAGAAUUGCAAAAGAAAAGCAAAAAACGAUGCAAGCUUUGCAAACGACAAAUGUAAUUAUAUUCACUUUCUUCUUUAGGAAUUGUUAUUGAAAUGGUUUAACUUUUUUUUUUUUUUGCUUUUUUAAUUUACAGCAAAGCAAUACUGUU